UAUUUUUCAAACAAAUUAACACUUUAUUUAAUUUCUUAAAAAUUGAUUACAAUGGGAGAAAGACAAACAACCUUGCCUUAAAACAAUAUGAUAAACAACCAAAGAUCAAACUGUUCUGAAAAAAAAUACAAGAAAUGGCUUAAAACCAUUUUAUACCAUAUUCUUGCAUCUUAGUCUCCUCACAGUUCAGCUCCUGGCCCUUUGAUCAAUCACUAUCUUCCUCAGCCUUGCAGUAGGCAUCCCAGCCUGAUCCUGUUGUAGAAGCAACCUGCCAGACAAUUGCAGAAUGCCAUUUGUUGAAAAAUCAAUAUCUGCUUCAGUUUGGACAGUAAAUGAGGCAAGAAAAUCAACAAUCACAUUGGCCUCUUUGUAUAUAUGCCUCAGCUAAUACUGCAAUCUGCCAAGCAGCUUCCAGAUCUGAUCCAUAAUGCUUUUCAGUCUCCAAGGAACCACUGUCUUCUUCAAAACCAUUUGAACUAAUGCUUGAGAAUCAGAUUCAAUCAAAUACAACCUUGAGCACAAAUUAAGAACAUGGCAAACGAAUGAAAAGGAAACCAUUAAAUCUUUGGCAGUCUGAACAAUAAUUUUACUUUGAACUAUCCAAUGAUUGCAAGAAAAAUGAGCAAUACUGAAUUUAACUUAUGAUGUAGAUGCUUAAAUACUGAAUUUACCACAACCGAAAACAUGUAUAAUCUACAUCACAUUGCCACACUAAAUUGAAAUUUUCUAAAAUUUUCUACCCCCAAAGCAAUCAAAGUCUAGAUACCAGUGGCUAGUUGCAGAUGCACAAAUAGCAUAAACAACAAAUUAUACAGAGAUAAUAGAGAAGUGGAAUCAUUUUGAUCAAUACGCCCAUUUGAGUGUUUAGCAUAAUUUAAACUAAAGAAUAAAACAAAGACAAUUGAAGUUAAGACAAUUGGUAAAACCUAAAGGAUGAGCAGCUUAUCCCACACACCUGGUUUGGUAAGGGUUAGUGUUAGGGAAAUGGGAUUGGUAGGUUUGGUAAUACGAAGAGCUCUUGUCGCUUUGCUGCAUCUCCAAAAUUCUUCGCUUGGUUUACGGAGAGAGGGAGCGAGAGAGAGAGAGAGGUGUGGGUUCAGCGUUUUGAGGGCAAAAGAGACGAUGAGACAGAGAGAGAGAGAGAGAAGCUUCGUCCAUUUUUAUAGCUUCGGCCAAAGACGAACAAAGCCAAAUCUAGGUGUACCUCAGCGAACCAAAUCGGUUUGCGUUCGCUACAGAGAGAGAGAGAGAGACACACACACACACACAUACACACACAAAGACAAAGACAGAGAAGAAGAAGCUUACCUCAAAUGAGUCGACGAUCGCCUGUGAUGAACUUCUUCACCAACCA